GGUACUAACCUAGAGCUUUCACUACUCUUUUUUGAGUAUAUAAAAGUAUUAUUGAUUUAAGUAUCAAAGUGUUACUUCAAAGUUCUUCAAAGUUCUUCAAAGUUCAUCUCAAGACUUUACAUGUCAAUUUACUUGGAGGAUUGAGUUCAAGGAAGGUUUGGAGAAUUUUUAAACAAAGAGUUAUGCCCAAAGUAGUCAAUACCGUACCGGCAUGCGUAUCGAUUUUGUUACUGGAACGGGAGAAGGAGGAGGUGCGGCGGUGCGGCUGCCAAACCCAAAAAAAAAAAACUUGAUUUUUCUUCUUUCUGCAAAUCCACCAUCGCCACCAUCACCUCCGUUCUUUCACCUCGGAUCUUCACCAUCCCCUUGCUGAUCUGGCUUUGUUUUUUGUUUUGUGUGGGUUUUUUUGGUUUGUUUGUUUAUAUGUUGGUUUGCUUUGUUUUUUUUUUAACGGUGUUGGUUUACUUUGUUUGUUUGUUGUUUUUUGUUCUGUUCGGUGCAGAUCCGGCAGCCUUCUUUCUCCUCCGGUGGAUUUCUGGUA